AUGAGCAAAAUUUCUAAAGAAGCAUUCGAAUAUCUUAAUAAACUUAGAUAAAAUCCUUAAAUUGCUAUCUCAAAGUUAUAGGAACAUCUAAAAUUAUUUAAAGGAAAUAUAGUAUAUAAACCAGGUGAAAUUCCUUUACAAACUAAUGAAGGACCAAAAGUUGUCAAUGGUUUAUUAUAUAUGAUAUUUAUAUCUCAGAAUGCAUCUAGUUCUUAUAGAAUCAAAAGCCUGUAGGUCCAUUAACUUGGAGUAAUGGUUUGGAAUGUGCAGCAAGAGAUCAUGUAAAAGAUACAGGGCCUAAAGGUGUUACAGGCCAUACUGGUACAGAUGGAUCAUCUAUGAGUGAUAGAAUUGAAAAAUAUGGAGUGUGGAAUGUGACAAUAGGAGAAAAUAUUAGUUAUGGUCAAACGACUGGUGAAGAUGGUAUGAAAAUCCCUUUUAUUUAUAUAGUCAUAAUCUAAUUGAUUGUUGAUGAUGGAGUAUCAUCAAGAGGACAUAGAAAAAAUUGUUUUAAAGCAGAAUUUGGAGCAGUUGGUAUUUUUGACGGCGAUCAUAAAUAAUUCAAAACUUAAUGUGUUUUUGAUUUUGCAGGAGCUUUCUAAGACAAUGCUAGUUGUGGAAAUUAAUAUUAAGGUAAAGCUAAUUAAAAAGAAAUAGGUCAAAGUGCUCCCAUGUAAUAUAGAGAAUAAGGAACCUUUGCAAAAGAAUAAUCAAAAGAUCCUGAUGACAAAAUUGUCAGAGAUGCUUAUGAUUAUUUGAAUUAAGUUAGGUAAAAUCCAACAAUCCCCAUACCUAAGUUAUAAGAACUAAUGAAGCUAUUUAAGGGCAACGUACUUCAUAAACCAGGUGAGAUUCCAUUAUAAACAAUUGAAGGUACAAAAGUUAUCUAAGGUAUAAAUAACAAAUAAUUAUUUAGAAUUAAUAGUAUUUUUAUAAAAACAAUAGCCUUUAUAGCCUUUAACAUAUGAUAAGGGAUUAGAACAAGCUUGUAUUGAUCAUGUUAAGGAUACAGGACCAAAGGGUGUUACAGGCCAUACUGGUACAGAUGGAUCAUCACUAUCUGAUAGAAUUGAAAGAUAUGGAGAAUGGAAUGGCAAAAUUGGAGAAAAUAUCAGCUAUGGGCAAAAGAACGGAUAAGAUGUGAUCAUUUAAUUAUUAAUUGAUGAUGGAGUAGGCACAAGAGGUCAUAGAAAAAAUUGUUUUAGUCCUGAUUUCUUAUUAGUUGGAAUUGCAGUAGGAGAUCAUAAAUAAUAUUAAACUUAAUGUGUUUUUGAUUUUGCAGGUGAAUUUACUCAAAAAGGAGCUUAAGGUUAUUAAUCUAAAGCAUCAUAAUAAUUUUAAACCUAAAAUAUGAAAGAUUAAAUGAAAAGUAUGAUGUAAGGAGGCAAAGGUGGAAAUGGUGAUGCACUAAAUCCAUAAAAUUAAGAAGAAGGUAUAGUAUUUUGUUACAUUUAUUUUAGAAAAACUACCUCCUGGUUGUGUUUCAGUUAGUACUUCAACUGCAGUCACUGUUAAGAAUGGAUAAAAAAUUACAAAAAUAACAAAGACAUAUAAGUUCAAGGAUGGAUAAACUAAAACAUCAGUCUAAACUCUAACUGAAGGUUGA